UCUGAGGGAGGGGCGAAUGUCAAGUGGUUAUGUCCCUAAGUUACGCCCCCUCUUAGGUCAAUUCCUGGAUCAGACCCUGUGCACUUUUGUUAUACUAUUAAGAAUAAACUACUUAUCGUAAAUUUAUCAGACGGGUUUCGUUCGAUUUGGUCAAUUGGUGCAAAAUCUUCUUAAUGUAAAGUUAAGGUAGACUGUUACCCGAUCCGCUUUAAACCUCUACUACAACGCAUACUGGUUUCUAUUUAUAGCGAUGAUGAUCAGUUCGCACUAGAGUAAACUUCAUUGAAAGAUAUUUUGUCUCAGGCUGUUUAAUACUAUUUGUGAUUUAACUCUACAGUGAGUGUCUCGCGCAUUUAAUAUAAAGUAUAGAGUGUGUGAUAAUCCUCAUAUCGACUCUAUUUAAACUCACUUGACUAUCUUCAUUGAUACUGUUCAGCAGGCCAAUCCUAUGAAAGCGCUCUAAUUCUACGUCAUUGCACGUGUUACGAUAUUAGUCACAUCGAUAGUCGCUCCAUGGACAUUUCAAAAUAACAUUUAUUAUUGAAUGGAAGAAAUUCACCAUGUAUUGGAAUAAAAGGGAUAUAAUAUUUUCCGUUUCAGUUAUUUGUUUUAUUUUAAUUGAGGAAACAAAAUCGAACGAAAUACAGUGUAAUGCUCAAGAUAAUUACCGCUGGAAAAGUAAAUUGAAAAAAUGUGUUAGGUGUAGAGACUGCCCAUCAGGAAAGGCUCGUAACUUUACAGAAGAGUAUACGGGUCCCACUGGACCACAUGGAGACGAACAAUGUUUACCUUGUCGGAAGUGUACGAAUGGUUACUAUGUCCACAAGCCAGAGUACGGCAAUAUCCCUGCAGCGUGCACUUUAUGCUCAACAGACUGUGCUUCACGACACAGAUAUACGGAAGAGACGUGUAAUACUCGUCACAACUGGAAGUGCGGCGGGUGUUUACUUGGAUACGCCGAUGAAUCAGGAAAUACCGACAUUCCAUGCUUGAAGCCACCAAACACGAAAAUUGAAGAAGUUACUAAAUUUCCUUUUAAAAAAUCCACUAUAGAAUCCGUCCGACGAUCUGACCUUGCCAUGAGCGCCCAAGCGAAGAGUACUAUGAAAGAGACACCACAUGUCGGGCUUUACUUCGCCAUUGUUAUAUCAUGCUUGGUCAUAAUGCUUGUGAUAUCCAUAAUAGUCAUCCAUAGACGUAAGACGAACAGGCACUCCAGAGCACGAACCAUGCCAGACUAUUCGCAAAUAAAUUCUGGAAUCGAGACCGACGGCCCAUUGGAAAGGAGGAAUGAUAACCAUUUAAAUGUCGGGCAAUUAAAUGAACCCGAGGGACCAUCCCUUCGUAGAUUACCCAAUAUACAUACAUCUUACACUCGAUCAAAUAUUGAGCGAGGACGGGCGCACCUUCCUAGUUCACCGAUAAACAACUUUGUUAAACGAUUGUGCGGUUGCACCGCCAGUGAUUGCAAAAACUGCGGUGAUUUAUUAUCCAGUAAGAAUGUGGUCGUAACCGGAGAGAUGAUUCUGAAAAUAUCUAGGGAAAUAUGUCAUGACUGCAUAAACGUCUUUAAAGAACUUGGCGUCAGUGACGCAGACGUUUACAAUAUCGACAACGACAGGACCAGGGAUCCACAAAACAUUCCCCAAUCAGAUGUUAUAUAUAAGUGUUUCGCUCGGUGGUUACAAAUUAAAGGAGUAGACGCGAGGCUUCAUGAUUUAACGCGUGCCUUAUGUAGAUCUGACUUCCAUAAAGUAAACGACUUUAUCUCCUCUGAUAUGGCCCCUCAUGAUAACUACUGUGAAAUAAACCUUGGUGCAGUGGGCCCCGACUCGCAAUCACAGUAGACAUGACAUUGUGUCAGGCAUUAUUAGAAUACAAAUAUCUUAAUAAAUGUAUAUUAUUUUCGGUAAAGUUUUCCCCGAAAAUAUUUUAAAUAAUCGUGUGGUUUUUAACUAAUGUUAGACGCAGAUUAUAAAACAAGAUGCCUUUUGUGUCUGUUGGUGUUCUAUAAAUAUGUAGAAUGAAAUAUGAAAAGUU